AUGUUCACUGAUAAUGAAUUUGAUCUUUGCUUCCCACAGCUAGGUAACAUUUCUUGCAGGAAGCCCUCAACUGAAGGUUUGCUUACCUAUUCCCUGCUGCCUGUCAUCGCGAUCUUCACAGUGCUGCUCAAUCUGAUCGUCAUCAUCUCAAUCUCCUACUUCGGGCAACUCCACACUCCCACCAACUUCCUCCUCCUCUCUUUGGCAGUCAGCGACAACCUGGUGGGCUUGCUGAUAAUACCAGGAGAAUUUUACAGGCUGACUUCCUGCUGGUCUCUUGGUGUUCAUCUGUGUUCUUUUUGUAUUUAUACAACUUAUUUUGUGUCGAGUGCGGCGGUUUAUAACAUGGUGAUGAUAUCAAUUGACCGUUAUUUGGCUAUUUGUUAUCCUCUGCAUUAUAACACCAAAGUGACUGUGAAAAGAAUUCAAUGCUGCGUUUGUCUGUGCUGGUUGUUAUUGCUUGCUUACUGUGGAUUCAUUUUGUCUGAUGUGCUAAUCCAUCCAGAAAGUUCCUGUGAUGGAGAGUGUGUGUUUAUGUUAAAAUACAGUAAAGGACUGUUGGAUCUGUUGGUGGCUUUCAUCCUUCCGCUGAGCAUAAUCGUCACACUGUACGUGAGAGUGUUUGUGGUUGCCGUGUCUCAGGCGCGGGCCAUGCGCUCUCACGUUACACAUGGCAAACGACAACGGUCUCUCCCUUUAGGAGCAAGGAGAUCAGAGUUGAAGGCCGCCACAACGCUAGGCGUUGUUGUUCUCGUAUUCCUCAUUUGCUUCUGUCCAUAUUUUGCUGUGUCUCAAGUAUAUGAUUUUUUUCAGAACGAUCUCUUAACUAUUUACACCGUAUACCUGUACUAUAGCAAUUCUUUGAUAAACCCGUUGAUAUACGCCUUUUUCUACCCUUGGUUUAGAAAAGGUUUUAAGCACAUUGUCACCUUGCGUAUACUACAGCCCGGCUCAUUUGAGAUCAACAUACUGUAG